GACGUGUCUCGGAACGCACUAAAAACGGUAAUUUUUCCACGUCUCUCCUCACUCUACCUUUAGAAGCUUCACCUGCACUUUCAGUCCGCCUCGGAGCGCACUCCACCCGAGCGACAUGCCUGGAAACACAACUCAAAACUCGGAUUUACAAAGGUCCACUAAUGUAGUAUAUCAGGCCCACCAUGUUAGCCGCAGUAAAAGAGGGCAGGUCGUGGGCACCAGAGGAGGUUUCAGAGGGUGUACAGUCUGGCUCACAGGUCUAUCAGGGGCUGGUAAAACAACGGUGGGCUUUGCAUUAGAGGAGUAUCUGGUGUCCCACGCCAUUCCCUGCUACUCCCUGGAUGGUGAUAACAUCCGUCACGGCCUGAAUAAGAAUCUCGGCUUUAGUUCAGAGGAUCGAGAGGAGAAUAUUCGGCGUAUUGCUGAGGUGGCCAAACUGUUUGCAGAUGCUGGGCUAGUCUGCAUCACAAGCUUCAUCUCGCCAUUUACCAAAGAUCGUGCGGACGCCAGGUGCAUCCAUGAAAGUGCUGGCUUGCCAUUUUUUGAGGUGUUUGUGAACGCUCCACUGGAGGUGUGUGAGAGCAGAGACGUUAAAGGACUUUAUAAGAAAGCAAGAGCUGGAGAGAUUAAAGGUUUCACUGGUAUAGAUUCUCAGUACGAGCGUCCAGAUACUCCUGAGCUGGUUUUGAAGACCGGAGAGCUCACUGUGACAGAGUGCAUCAAUCAGUUGGCGGACCUUCUGAAAGAGCAGAGCAUUGUUCCCAGUGGAGUUGUUGAGGAGAUUAAUGAACUCUUUGUGCCUGAGAACAGACUGAAGCUGGCACAGGCAGACGCCAGCACCCUACCUUCUAUCAGCAUCACCAAGUUGGAUUUACAAUGGGUGCAGGUGUUGGCUGAAGGUUGGGCUAGCCCUCUUAAUGGCUUCAUGAGGGAGCGAGAAUACCUACAAGUUCUUCACUUCAACACUCUACUGGAUGGUGGUACCAUCAACCUCUCAGUCCCCAUUGUCCUUCCUGUUGCUACGGAGAUUAAAGAACAUCUAAAUGGCAGCGCGGCUGUGGCUCUGGAGUACCAGGGAAAACGUGUCGCCAUCUUGCGAAACCCGGAGUUCUUUGAGCAUCGGAAGGAAGAGCGGUGUGCUCGCCAAUGGGGAACAGCCUGCCCCAAACACCCUUACAUAAAGCAGAUGGUAAUGGAGAGUGGUGAUUGGCUGGUAGGGGGUGAGAUGGAGGUAUUUGAGCGAAUCAGAUGGAACGAUGAUCUGGAUCAGUACCGUCUCACUCCACGAGAGCUAAAGCAGAGAUUUAAAGAGAUGAAAGCAGAUGCCAUAUUUGCAUUUCAGCUGAGGAACCCAGUGCACAAUGGCCACGCUCUGCUGAUGACUGACACACGUCGACAAUUAGAACAACGCGGAUAUCGAAGGCCAGUGCUGCUGUUGCAUCCUUUGGGUGGCUGGACCAAAGAUGAUGAUGUGCCUCUAGACUGGAGAAUGAAACAGCAUGCGGCUGUGUUGGAGGAGGGCAUUCUAGACCCACACUCCACCAUCGUGGCCAUCUUUCCCUCCCCCAUGAUGUAUGCAGGACCUACUGAAGUCCAGUGGCACUGUCGUGCAAGGAUGGUAGCAGGGUCUAAUUUCUACGUUGUGGGUCGUGAUCCUGCUGGAAUGCCCCAUCCGGAGUCAGGGCAGGACCUGUAUGAUCCAACUCAUGGGGGUAAAGUUCUGUCCAUGGCACCUGGACUCACCUCAGUGGAGAUCAUCCCAUUUAGAGUGGCUGCAUACAAUAAGACUAAGAAGGCCAUGGACUUCUAUGACAAGGACAGGCAUGCUGAAUUUGAGUUCAUCUCCGGGACCAGGAUGCGCAAGCUAGCUUGCAGUGGAGAGAACCCUCCUGAUGGCUUCAUGGCUCCCAAAGCCUGGAAGGUCCUAACUGAGUAUUACAAUUCCCUACAGAAAGACCAAUGACGACAUGUCAACAUCCCCAACGAGACCCAUCCACAGCCCCUUAAAAGACAUGCCAACACAGAAACCUCUUAAGAUCAAUAAGUUUUGCACUGUGAAUACCUAAGUUCAGUGUAAGGCAUUAAAUAAUGAAGGUGGACACUUGUUCUCAAAAUAUGUUACCUAAGGAAGGUCAGGUUAUGCAAAUUAUCAGGGUAUUGCUUUUUUGUUAGGGAAUAUAAAAGUGACAUUUCUCUACUGUGAAAUUUGAACUAAUGUGCCUUAAACCCAAUAAAGACAUUGCCAGUCCCAAAGAGAAUAUAAGAAAUUGUUCUUAAAUUGUAUUCGGAAAUGUGACUUGUGUUUUAUCAGAGCAGUAUUCCUAUAGUCCAAAUACUGCCAGUGCAAGGGUAGGAUUUCUCUAUGUAACCAGAAUAAUUAUGUUUACAUAUAAGUUUUUUAUUUCUCAAGAGAGGAUUAUCUGGCAAUUAUAGUAGGGAAAAAUACUUGGGAACAUAUUUAUUUGAUUAAUUCAAAGACAAUAAUGAAUGACACUGUUAUAUUAAAAAGUUAGCAAUGUCUAUGAAAUAUUAUGUUAGAUACUGUAUAUCUUAUCUCUUUUCAUUAAAUAUGUGUACGGUAGUUACAUAA